AUGGCGCCUCCGUCUGGCGUUAUACCCCCACCUCUUGCACCCUCGGUCGAAGAAGCGUAUAGGCGCAAGUGCAUUCAGCUUAAGCAACGAAUAAAUGAGGUAGACCACGAUAAUGAAAACUCGCGAACUCGUGUCGUACGUCUAGAGCGAGCCGUCCAAAAGAUACGAUUGGAAAGAGCAUACCUUCUGGAGCAGCUCGCGAAGCGCACGAGCACAAAUGUGGAAGAUUCAGAGGGCAGUCCCAGUCCACCUCCAACUCCAAAAGAGAAGCCUCUCCGAACAAAACGCGGCCACCGUAAACCGUCAUUCCUGACGAAUCUUGGUGAUGUCGCUGGGGGAAGCGCCUUUAUCCAAGGACCAACAACAGUGUCCCCAUCCUCCGACGCAUUCUCACAUACACACCAAGACUCGAACACAGUUCGCAACUCAACACCUCAAGCAAUAGCCCAAAAACGGAUGCUCCCUACCAACGGUGCCGUUGGUCCGUCCCUCGGCACUCCAGUUCCAACUCCUCGUAAACCCAAGAACCCCUUCGAACUUUAUUGCAGUGACCACCGGUCAAGACUCAUGGAAUUAAACAGCAAAGGCAUCUCACAAGGUACAUACGAUGUUGAUGUUGAGCUCGGGCGUGGAUGGCGGGAUCUCAAUGACGAGCAAAAAAGUGAUUAUCAAGCUCGUUUCGACAAGGUCAAGAAGGGUGUUAGCGACAAGGCUCCAGCUGCAGCACUACCGCGCCCGACGGCAGUGGAUGCAGAAUCACAACCUGCUAGCACUACGGCAACCGCAGAUGAUGCUGAUGAGGAUGUCGACAUGGCGGAAGAUGGCGAUGAGAACCCCGCCGUGGUACCAGCCGCUAGUGGAUUCACUGCUGUUAACAGUGGUUGA